CUGAAUCAUAAAGGACUUCUUUUAUUUCAGUUCUUGUGAGAAUGAUAUGUGUCAAUGUUUUCCUUGAUGGCAACAUCGUCAAAAGAUUCACCGAUGUCAACGGGUGGAGCAACGAUAAAUAUGACAUCACAGUGGGUCGUGUUGGUCGCGUGGUCAACAUCACCAGGGAUUGUGACCAAGUGGGAUAUACGAUAAACAUUUGUGAGGUACAGGUAUGGGUGUGUGACGACGGUUGGUAUGGAGACACGUGCACUCAAGCCUGCGGUCAGUGUGCUGGCGGGUCUGCCUGCGACAAGACGAACGGCAGUUGUGUGUCCUGCCAGAUGGGAUUCCAGCCACCGCUCUGUGCAGAGUGUGUAGACGGUAGGUAUGGAGGCAGCUGCACACAGACUUGUGGUAACUGUCCCGGUGGUUCUGUCUGCGACAAGGUGACUGGCAUCUGUGCCUCUGUCACACAGGUUUCAAGCCACCUCUCUGUAAAGAAUGUGCCGAUGGUUGGUAUGGAACCGACUGCAAGCAGAUGUGUGGAAGUUGUGGUGGUAACUCCGUCUGUGACAAGACAACAGGAGUCUGUUCCUCCUGUAAAACAAGAUUCAACCACCAUUCUGCCAAGAAUGUGUUUCAGGUUGGUAUGGAAAGAAUUGUAAUGAAACGUGUGGUCACUGUGUGGGAGGUAACUCUACCUGUGA